AUGGCUGGACCUCAGCUCCGCUUCGCGACUUUGUUGCUGCUGCUCCUGGCCGUCGCCUGCGUCGGCUCUGUGUCGGCCGAGGCGCCGUUCGCGCCCGAGACGCGACUGCUGCGCCAGCACGUGCACGAGUCCGUCGACUCUGUCACGCAGACCGCCAUCCUCGAAUCCAGCAGCACCAGCAACUCCGACUCCGGCUCGGGACCGGAACAAGAAUCUGCGACGGCCAACACGGAAACCGCAGAAACAUCGACUUCAACGCACCACAAGGGUCCUACGAUGAUGUCUUUCGCGGGUCCCACAAUUGCCGGUGUGCUGGCCAUCGUACUCAUCGGUGCGGUCGUCACCUUCAAGAAUCGCAUGGGCAAGUGA